GAGACCCUCGGUCCCGGAGGAGGAGAGACCCUCGGUCCCGGAGGAGUAGAGGCUCCAUGGACCGGGCUCCGGAGCGCAGCGCGUCCGGAGAUGGAAACAGAAACAUCCUUCACCUGCAGACACGGAGAGGAUGGAGACCCUGUCCAGCUGAGAGGGAUUCAAACCUGCAACCUGACUCACUGCUCCUCACUGUACGAGGAAGAGGAGGAGGAGGAAGAGGAGGAGGAGGAAGAGGAGGACAUCCCGGAACUUUUCUUGCUGUCCGACGACGACCUCUCCUCCUCCUCGGGGAAGUCGGUGGAUUACGGCUUCAUCAUCGCGGUCACCUGCCUGGUCACCGGCAUCUCUCUGGUCCUCAUCUCCUACACGGUGCCCCGGGACGUGCGAGUGGACCGGGACAGCGUGUCCGCCAGGGAGAUGGAGCACCUGGAGCGGGAGACCGCCCGGGUCGGAGCCCACCUGGACCGGUGCGUCAUCGCCGGCCUGUGCCUGCUGACCCUCGGGGGGGUGCUGCUCUCCUCCCUGCUCAUGGUCUCCAUGUGGAAGGGCGAGAUGAUGCGGAGGAAAGCCUUCGCCUACUCCAAGCACGCAGCCAACCUGUACGGGUCCAUGAGCCUGAGAGCAGCCUCCGGGCUGGAGGAGGAGGACCAGGAGGUGCUCAGCUGA